AUUACUGGAAAUCCUCGCCGGGGAGGAUUUUCAUCGAAACUUCUCUGGAGCGAGAAUGCCGACUUGAAAUUCAGCGCAAACAACGGAGUAAAAGACGACAACAAAAACCUGCGGAGCAUGGAGAACAUUGUUCAGCACAGCGAAGGCAACGGAACAGAGGAGAGGCUAAAGCGACCACAAACAUGUACAGAGUCAUCGACAAAAUACCACAAUCACCCUGCAAACGAAACCGAUAAUAGGGAGUUUAAGAUACGGACACUACGGACUACGAACUACGGCUGGACGAGCGUUGUCCUUUGUUCGUAGCACUGGGUUGAGUCGUGCAAAUAUAGAACGUUAAGAUUGCACUACAGACAGUAAACUACGAGAGAAGAGGCGGAGAGGGAAACAAGAGGCAAAGAUUUUCUUGUUUUCAUCACAGUUCACAAAAAUGCAAGUCAGUUUUGCAUGUGAUCUUAUCUUUAGAACAAUGAACAAAUUCUUCCAUACUUGACGGAAGCAAUUACGUCUGGUCAAAUUGGUAAACAAAGUUUUGGUUACACAGGUUUUAUUUUUUCGCCCAUGAAUACUUAUGUCAAAUAUUAAAGAAAUAGACAGAAAUAGUAAUAGUUCAUUUAUUAGAUUUAGAGGAUGGACUUCUCCGACUACUGAUCUGAUGUAGUUUGAAGUAUUGAAAUGCCGAGUUUCGAUUGUGUCGAAGAUGUUUACAUCAUUUUCAUUCAGCAAAUGGCGCGUUUCAAAAACUCGCAUAAACAAAGGUUACACACGUACAAAGACACGAUGAUCAAUUCGACCAAACAUUGAAACUUUUCAAGUGCGAAGAGAAAGUAAAUUACCUGCAUGAUUUCUCUUCUCCUACGCCGUCAAUCUGAAUUCUGCGUAUAAACAUCUGAGCUGAAUAUGAGCUUAGCUAGAAAGAUUUGAAUCACAACAGUCGAUUAAAAGCGUAAAUCAGAGCAGAAAUUAGACACAACUUACAUAUUUCGCUUGCCUCUCACUUAAAGCAGGUGAAUUGAAAACUUUUUUACGAAAAGAUGAGAUUCUUGAGUUACCGGACGGCAAAAUACGAGGAAAAUGUUCUCCGUAGUCGCGACUACGCGAAACAGCUCAACAACUCACCGUAGCCGCAGGACUUCGCGGGAGAAAUGAACAGUCACGUGGUUUUGAUCAUGCGCAGUAGCAAGUUUAUCCGUAGUCGUAGUCCGUAGUCGCCGUAUCUUAAACUCCCUAAUGAAGAGAGGGAACAACGACUGCCGACGCUUGAAGAAAAUCCCGCCAAAAGAAUUCGCAACGAAAGCGAUGAGGAGAGGAAGCACUUGAAGUUUACAGUCAAAGUU